AUGUCUGGCAUAGAGCUGCUCGGUGUCGCCGCGAGUGGCAUCACCCUGUGUGAGGUACUCGCUAAACUUGCAAAGUUUUUGAGAAAGGUCAAAGGCGCAAGAGAACAGUUUCAAAAGUAUUUGAUCGAGCUUGAUCACCUUAACUCGAUCAUCUUGGUAAUAAACAAGGUUACCAGUGGCAUCCACGGGCUUGAGCACUUAACAUAUCAGGACAAGGCUGGUCAAACCCACGGUUUGAUUGACUUCUGCAAGUCAAAUGUUGAAAAAGCCAUUGGUGACUUAGACCAACUUCUUCACAGUCUCGAUAAACCUGGAGAAAAGUGGUACCAUCGGUUGACGCACCACGCCCAGAAGUACGGGUUCUCGAUUCACUUUGCCCUUCGUCAGGAAGACAUCCAGAAGUUUAGCUCGUUGAUUGACGGGCUGUCACCGCAACGCAGACAUGCAGAGACCCAGGAAAUGAUCAACAGUGCCAGGGAUCAAAUUUCCAAAAGCAUACAGGAUAUUAAUCCUCCCCUUACGUGUCCGAAACUGAAAACACCAAUUUACGGUCGUUUCGUGAGCGACUGUCGACGUCGUGGCCCCCAAGUCAUACCGCGGCUAUCUAGCUACAAGAAGAAAGAAGUACGAGAGGCUAGUGGUAGCUCGGACAACGGAUCCGUUCAGAACAUCUUCCCAGUUUCAUCCACGCGCGAGCAAUCCACCACUGCUACUUCGUACGAUCAGGCCAUCAACCGCAUUCUCGCCCCGGUCCAGGCUCUGGCCAGGGACAGCUUGAGUAUCAACAGCGAUGCCGAUCUUCGGGAGGAUGAGUCCCCAUCCACAACCAGCAGCGUCUCUGACUUUGCCGAUGGGCAUCUUGCAAUAGACGACAUAGAGGCAGUCAUCGAGAAUGGCCAAAUACUCUUCAUUUCCACCAAAACGGACAACCCAGAGGACCCGAAAGUGGCGGUCCAUGAACCCAAGAUGCUACAAAAUGGCGAAUGCGACUCAGUAGACGAGGAGAUGAUCUUUGCUCCUGAUUCUAAGAUCGAACAGCAUCCGGCUUUCCUACGAACUGGCAUACACCAGGCCAAGUUCAAGCCAAGUAUCCAUUCCCCCGUGGGUUGGUUCAAGGUUCCGAUCCUCUGCGAUGUAACGACUGGGUUGACACCUACAAGUGAAACCGCUUCUGGGUAUGGAUCCGAUUCUGGCCUAGAAUCGGAGGCUCUAGAAGCGAACUCCACUGGCUCGAGGAGAUCCAACAGCUCUUUCUUGACUGGUGAAGAUGUUCUCCCACCAGAGGCGAACAAUCAUGGCGAAUUGGUACCAUUUCAAAGCGUACCAAACCAGCCUCAACCAGCAGGAAUGGGAGGUUCGACCAGCGACCAUUUCAAUCCAACAAACCGCAUCAUCAUGUGCAUCCAGCAAAUAUCGAAAGAAGGGAGUAAUACCAAAAUGCAACUCCGUGUUCAUUGCGCACCCUUCACUGAAUGCCAGCAUGCAAGAGUAGAAAUACUCAAUGGCGAAAAGAAUCUAAAUGAGGCGCCAGACUAUGAAGAGCUGCUGAUGAUAUGUCUCCGUACCAUCAAUUAUGCAUAUGAGCCCAUCCGAUCUCUUAAUGGGGUUGGCCUGCCGCUUUUUGAUAAAUGUCAGGAUGACUGCAGACACACUUUGGUGACAGAGUCUCGGUACUCAAUUGUCAGGUGCACAGCGCCUGCCUUCUUUGGAGCAUGGUCUAACCGUGGCUUCAAAGCUAACGAUGACCAAAGUGAUGAGGAGGAGGGAGAAGACACUGGAAGCAGUUAUUGGACAAGUUACUACGACAAAACGGACUCAGAAGACACGGAAAGCAUUGAGAGUACGGAUCAAGAUGAAACACGCACAGACAGCGAUAGUAGUCUAGACGAGGCGGGCAACGACAGUGAUAGUCCGGUUCCAGAUGAAGCGGGCAGUGACAGUGAAAGGAUUGGUCCAGAUGCAGAUGGCACCAGUCAUGGUGUCAGAGGAAGUGAGAUUCAAGGUCAGCAGCCUACGGCAGAGGCUGGGGAAAACACCUUUGGCCCAUUCCUUUCGGUGCCCUGCUUAUUUUGCCGGAAGGAAGCGUCAAAGCCUCAACAAGAAACGGGGAUGCUUACUUCUUUUCUUAUAUAUGGCUCAGUUAGCUAUGGGUACAGAUGUGCCCGUUGUCAAGGCAAGAAUUGGAUAACUGGCUCAAGGUGGAUCUGGGAGUAA